CAUGCGUGGCGCCACCAAUGGGCGCGUCCAAUAAUGACUCCGGGAACCCGUCGAGUAACAUGACUAAAAAGAAGCGGGAGAAUCUGGGCGUCGCUUUAGAGAUUGAUGGGCUGGAGAAGAAGCUGUCACAAUGUCGGAGAGAUCUGGAGGUGGUGAACUCCAGGCUCUGUGGGGCGGAGCUGAGCUCAGAGGCCAGGAGGUCUCUGGAGAAGGAGAAAAGCAGCCUGAUGAACAAAGCCUCCAACUAUGAGAAGGAGCUAAAGUUGCUUCGGCAGGAGAACCGCAAGAACAUGCUGCUGUCUGUGGCCAUCUUCCUCCUGCUGACGGUCAUCUACGCCUACUGGGCCCUGUGAGGCUGCGAUUUCUCCGGUCAACCCUGGCUUCCCCUCAGCUCCGUGAUCAUAGCCAAGCAGGCCCUUGAGCCUCGAGAGGACCAAGGUACAAGGGCUGUUUCUCCCUGACCCAGACAUUGGAGCAGGGCUUCCUGCUGGCCUGGCCCCUCUUGCCUCCCAUUCCCGCUGUGGGGCUUGGGGCUCCAGAAGGACUUUGUGCUGGCUUGGCCCAGGAGAAAGGCAAUAAAGAACCUGUGUGCCGAGAAAA